GAAUGGAAUUUCAGUUAGAAUCGGACAGUUGAGCUCGUAGUUACGUAGCCGCGCGUCGUCACGUGUGUCGUGUCCGUUCCGUCCCUGAGUCCUCGUCGUCGUUUACAGCGCGAAGUUCCCUCCGCUACGUCGAGCACAAGACAACCGAUCGAUCAAAAUGGGGUGCGGAAUGGGAAUCAUCAAGUACCUGCUCUUCAUAUUUAAUUUCAUCUUCGUGCUAUGCGGUCUGGCCAUCCUUGUUGUCGGCGUUUUAGUGCAAGUAGGAAACAAACAUUAUUCUAAAGAGCUGGAUGAUAUUACGAGUAAUCUUACGGUACCGUCAAUCACGCUGAUCGUCAUCGGCAGUAUCAUCUUUAUCAUCGCUUUCCUGGGAUGCUGCGGUGCGAUUCGCGAGAGUCACUGUAUGGUAGUCACGUUUGCAUGUUUGCUCUUGACGAUCCUGAUCAUACAAGUGGCCAUCGCAAUCUACGUGUUCGUUGCAGCGGGAAAUGUCGGCGAAAUCAAUUUUGAAAAAGAAUACCGAAAAAAUGUCUUUGAUCGCUACAAUGACGGUCAGGAGCAGAAAGAUCUUGUAAAUACUAUACAGGAAGGGUUGCAGUGCUGUGGUGUUAAUAGUCCCAACGAUUUCGAAGCUAUCCUACAUACUCAUAUCCCAGGAAGUUGCUGCGGUAAGAGGGAGGAUAGUUGCACCAUAAUUGAUUCUUAUAAAACAGGUUGCGUAUCGGCGCUGAAAGAUUUCUUCAAGUAUGGUCUUACUGUGUUGGGUGGCAUCGCCAUUGGUAUUGCUGCUGCAGAGCUGAUUGGCAUCGUCUUUGCAUUAUGCUUGGCGAAUUCCAUAAAGAAUGCCGAACGCAGAGGUUACAGUGUAUAAAAGUGGAGGACUGCGAAGGACGCCGCUUCGCGCGGGAGGCUUUCAAUACGCAACAACAAUCUUACCGUCAUCUUACUAUCGUCAACGUCUAAUUCGUCUAUAAGAUGUGAUAAAACACUUGCACUUUACAGCAAGAUAAAUUAAUUUUUUCUAUUUUUAAGAAAAAGGAGACGGAGUCUUUUCUUUCGUUUUCUUUGCGUCAUUGGUUUUUUGCAGUCGUGACUAAAGUUAAAAAGUAAUAACGUUUUUCCGUUGAAAUGACGCAUUUUUGUUUCCCUAUUACAAAAAUUUAAUACAGAGUUUGGCACACGAUCUGGCAAUGAGUGUUACCGUAACUAUUGCCGAGUCACAAACUUUUUUUUUACUUUUGAAAAUACUUUUUCUAUAUACAUAUAUACACACACACACACACAUAUAUAGGUAUAUGUAUGUAUAUGCGUAUAUAUAUAUACACACAUGUAUAUAUUUUUUGAUACGGCACCGCUUUAACUCAUGUUUAUACUUGUUCUAGAUAAAAGUUCAAAAAUAUAAAAAAAGAAUUCGACAAUUGUUUAAUGUGCAUACGUAGGAUCGUUUCAUACGAUAGUUCAUGAACAAACACACAUCACAAAUUAAAGUACCUUCGCGAGGGUGGAGAUGAAAAGCAAACGCGUGAUAGUAUUUUACAAAGUUAAUAUUAUAUUAUAAAAAUAUUUUUUCAUACGAUGAGCUACACAAUUGUACCUGCGGAGAUAUUGCCGCUGUUAAAAAAACAUGGAAUCCUCGUAUGUGUCUUUAUAUAAAAAUUCACUUUGUUUGUACAGCACAGUAUAGAAAUUGUCUACAAAUAUACACAUACAUAUAAUAUUUUAUUUUGUAAUAAAAAUACUUUAUCUAAAAAAUUUUGCUGUUUGCGCACGAUAGUGAACUGAUGCGCGUUUGUGAAAUCUUUCUGUUUUCAACACGAUAAAGCGUACAAAAAGGUUGAGCAUGGCUCAAGAAAGUAUAUAAUCGAUAAAAAUCUUAAAAUGCAAAUUUAUUCUUUGUUUAAUGUGCGAAAUUAUCAUUAUUGUUGCUGCUGCUGCUGAUGUUGCUGCUGCUGUUGCUGCUGUUGUUACUGCGAAACGAAAUUAUAUAUGUCCAGUAUUCAUGAAACAUUUUGUAUUCAUAAAAUAAACAUAGAAACAAACGAGAAUUUUA